AUGGCAUACGACAACCCCCAAACAGUUAGUACCCUGACAAUUCGUCAAAAGUUCGGUUUGAUACCUGCAAUUAUUCUCUUUUUUGACUUCAAGGUUCAGCUCACUGCAGUUGCAAAUAGAAAUGUCAAACCGAACUUCGUUACUAGAGAUUCCGGACUUACCGGAUUCUGGGUUGGACAGGAGUCGGCCAAGAACAUUAUCAUCAACUUCCAUGGUGGUGGCUUUGUUAUGGAUGGCAUGGCGCAGCACAUCGACUUUUGGGCUGGUGCUCAGCAGGAGCUCUUAAGCGCUGGAAUCGAUGCUGCGUGGUUUUAUCCCACAUAUUCCUUGACACCGCAUGCGUCGUACCCUACACAACUCAACCAAGCAAUUGAAGCGCUGAGGUAUGUCCUAGAAGACCCGGGACGGGAACCGCAAGACAUCAUACUCGCUGGCGACUCAGCAGGUGGGAAUUUGUGUCUGGCAAUCUUGUCGCAUCUGAUGCAUCCAGAAGAAGGCCUCCCGAAAUUGGAGGUGCGAUCGCCAUUGAAGGGAAUGAUUCUUAUCUCACCGUGGCUGUCCUUCAAGACGUCAUGGGAGAGCAUGACGCGGAAUGUUCACAAAGAUAUUGACUCCAUCGAAACCCUACGUCAAUGGGCUAUAGAUUACCUAGGUGGCAGAGCGAGCGACAACUAUGUUGAGGCAAUUCUUGCCACACGAGAGUGGUGGUCAAACGCCCCCGUGGAGAGGACGCUUUUCGUUGCUGGUGCUGACGAGGUCUUCCUGGAUCCUAUCACUGUCUGGACGGACAAGUUUCAGACCGAGAACGAGCACGUCCAGUUUAUCGUCGCGGACGACGAGUGCCACAUAGCACCGUUUAUAUGGCCACUGUUUGGUCGCAAUGACGAGACUAAGCAGGGACAAGAGAUCAAAAGGUGGUUGAAGGAAGGGCUUCAAUCAUCAAGUGAAGUUGAUAUCAAUCUCCAUAACGCUGGCGCCACCAUUUUGAGUAACUUGUGCGGCCCCUAUGUCGGGCAGUUGGAUCGCAAGGGCGUCGAUAUCAAGGCCAAGGAGAAGGACUGUGGAAUUUCAAGCUUCAAACAUAACUUCGCCAGGCUCCACGAUGGAGAUCCUCAGGCGUACUCAUUCGUCACCUCGUCCGAGAUCGCGACGACGUUUGCCUACGCUGGGAACCUCAAAUUUGAUCCUACCACUGGCGCGGUACCCAGGGACGACGAACCCAAAGGACGCCCCAGCAAAAGACCAGCGGCGAGAGGAAUAACCUUCUACCCCGGAAAACGAGCCAGCGCGGCCUGCCAAGUCUAG